CACACACACACACAUACACACACACACAGACACUAAGCCUGACCCUAACCCCCUGUGAUGCCAGCCACUCCAUGGCUGGGACUGGGCGGCAUGUCUGUCGAGGCGGCAUAAUCUAAAACCGAACCGGGAUAUUACGGACCAGUCGAUGGGUCGACGGAGAUGCGACGGGGCAUGAAGACGAAGACAGUCGCUCCCCGGGGACUAUGAACUAUGAUCGGCGAUAAACGACCAGAGGAACACGGAGAGAGAAAUCUGACUCAACAUAAUCCAUCCGGACGUCGGGGGGGAAGAUGAGGACCGCGAUGGCUUCGCCCAAAACAGCGUCGCUCCUGUUUCUACACUGGGUGCUCCAGUAUGCUGUGUGUCGCGACGUAACUCUUCCCACUGGACCCCUAUACCGCGUGGCAGGGUUCGGCCUCUCCUUGCCCUGCUCCGUAUCGGGAUAUGAAGGCCCACGUACACAGGAGUUUGAGUGGUUCCUGUACAGGGAUAAUUCCGGUGGGAGGCAGAUGGGAGUAGUGUCCACCAGGGACAAGGGUUUUCCCUAUGCUCCGUUCCAGGCCCGGGUGAGGAGCGGGGAGGUGAGGGUAGAGAGGGACUCCGGGGACAUGGUCCGGCUGGUGAUCCAGAGACUCCGGGCUGAAGACCAGGGAAAAUACGAGUGCUACACGCCCAGCACGGACAGUACCUAUCAGGGGAACUACAGCGCCAAAGCAACUGUCAAAGUGAUCCCUGACACGCUCCAGAUCAGCUACUCCCGCUCACUCACUGGCCAGCCGGUGCCAGAGGGGGCCGAAUUAACACUGACAUGCUCAGCCAGCAUCCAGUCGGAGCAGCUCACCCAUCUGUCCAUCACAUUUGGGAAGCGUGGUCUUGGAGAGGGUUCGGCGAGCGGAGCUGGAGGAGAGGUCAGCACCGUUAGAGAGAUUAUCUCCAUCGACAACCUGCUGGGGGUCGUCCCCGGUCGUGUGUACAAGACGCGCUACGAUGAUGGAGAGAUCACGCUGGAGAAGAGGAACGGGGAGGCCGGGCAGGGCGUGUACGUGAUGAGGAUGAGAGCGGUGCAGCCAGAUGACACCGGCUCGUAUUUCUGUGAGGCCUCGCAGUGGAUUCUGGACCCUGAUCGAUCCUGGCAGAAGAUUGCGCAGAGGACGCUGGAUAUUGGCAACUUGACUGUUCAGCAACUAGCGGAGUCUCUGAGUGUAAAUUCUGAACCCAGAGGGGAGGUGACCCUGCAGGUCGGCUCCCCUCUCAUGCUGACCUGCGAGGUGUCGGGGCUGCCGUCUGAAGUGAACUCAGGCCUGCUGGUUCAGUGGAUGAAGAGGGGAUCUGUAAGCAGCGAUGUAGUCGGCCCCGGGGGAGUUGAGGUGGAGGUGGCCCGGAUGAGCCCAGAUGGUGUCGUGAGCUGGGGAGACGACCUCAGCAGAUCUAGUGGCGGCUCUAUGGAGAAAGUGGCGGAGGGGAGGUUCUCUCUGAAGCUGUUCUCGGCCCGGCCCUCUGACACAGGGCUGUAUCGGUGUGUGGUGAGUGUGUACGCUGGAAGGAGAAACCCCGGCCCGUCCACGCCCGCAACACUCACCCAGAGGUCUGAGGCAGUCACCGUCAACCUGAAGACCGAAGAAGUGCUGGUUUCAGCUAUGGCUCAGCUCCCGCGAGGCCCCCUGUUAAAAAGAGGCAGCACCAUCACCCUCAUCUGCAACGCCACCGUGACGACUACAAGUCCCGCCCAGGCACAGGUGCAGUGGCUGCGGUGGCCGAUCCCUGAACCAGUUAUCAAGAACGGACAGAGUCCAGCAUCGGACGUCGCUCCGCCAGAUCCCCCCAUUGUAGAGAAACCCAGACUGAUAGCUGCUCUCAUGUACAAUGGCGUUACAAAUAUCUACGUCAACAGUAGCGAGGUUAGCGUCGACCGCCUGUCUGCUGUCAGCUACAGACUGAGGGUCCACACAGCAACAAUGGAUGAUCAGGGCAUGUAUGCGUGUCAUGCCGAGGCGUGGGGUCAGGACCCGCAUGGAGGCUGGUACAACACAGGGGUCAAAGCGGAGUCAAAUGCAGUGACCGUUUACCUGUACGCCAGAGCCGCUGACCUCCUCCUCAUCCCUUUGGUUAUCGGAGUCUCCUCGGCCUUGUUCGUGGGCAUCGUCAUCAUCGCAGCAGUAACCUGUUGCUUCAUGAAGCGCCUGGCGAGGCAGCGUGGCCGAAAAUAGGUGUCCACCGCUUCGCCGACUGCUUGCAAUCUCAUUGGUCAAGAAGAGGCACAAAAAAAGCGUUGCACAGAACAUAAUUUCAAGUUACUUCUUGAACUGGCCGAGAAGUAACUUUAUGGCAAAAUGAAGUGAAAAAUGACUCCGUCACCUUGUUAGCUGAUUUUCCAUGUUCUGACCUACCUGUUUAACAAUCAAUGCCAAAAGAUUCUGUUUUGUAUUGUCUUGUAUUUUUAUAUCCAAACCUCCUUAGAAAAACGAUAUAUUUUAGUGAUUGCUGCAUCACACACACCGGUAGGCAUAAUAUCCUAGAUUUUUGGAGCCAUGACCUAAGCCACAACUCUCAACUCCUCAAAGACUUACAUUUUUUUGAAACCUAUUUCCAUGUUAGUCUCACCCACCUUUUUAAUGAUCCCUUUGUCUCAGCUUAUCUUUCUGUUUUAACUGGAAAUGGGUCAAUAAUACAGAGGCAUGACUUUUGUGACUAGUUCAGAAGCAAAGUACUGCAGGUUUGUUUUGAGUCUCUCAGAUGUGAGGAAUCUCACAGAUUCUGACCACUUUCUUGGAAGUCGUGGUUCGAUUGGGACAGAAUGAUGCUACCAAACAUUGCUGAGUCCAUCAGAUAUUUUCACUAGAUUCAUACAAAACAAAGAACAUUGUGUUCUCACAGAUUGUUGAUACUGUUCUAGUUGUUCCUACCUGAAACUGCACGUUUUUCUUUUCACACAAAAACCAACAAUGUCUAAAUGUACGUGCGUGGUCAAGCCUCUAGCACUGCCACUAUACGGUCACGUGAAUGUUGAUGGGAGCAGUUCAGCCUCCAGACACGUAGCAUGAGCAGGGACCUUCCACUGCCUGCAAUCCAGCGCCACUCUGCACAUAAACAAAGUCUCUGUCUGUUACUUAAUGAGGAAGGCGCCUUGCUGGGGAUGUCAAGACCAAUUGAGUACCAGUUCUAAACACAAGCAUUCCUCGCCUGUGUUGCUUCACGCUGUAGUCAGUUUUCUGUGCGGACUUGUAUAAAUUUGACAGAGAAAUGGAAGCGAUAUCCAUUAUGCACUGACUAAAAUAUGUAAAUAUACUGUGGGGUUUAGCUGUUUUAUUUUUCUUAAUGUAACCAAGACUAUGCUGUAGCGCCGUGUUUGUCUUUGACAAAGCACCUGUAUUUAACAUUCUGCAGCAGUCUGUUCUGCUCUUUUGAAGCACUUGGACAAAAAAUGGGACUGGGACUGGGACCAAAGCCCCUCGGUGUCCUCCUCCUACUUGAUUUUCUUCCAGCUGAAAAGUUAUUGCUUCGCUGUACUUCAGUGCUUUUGAGUGUUCUGUUUUUCUUUCUCUUUGUGUGAAUCAAUGGUUCCUCUGCUCUUGUCAAGUGACUGAAAUAGGAAAACGGUACUGUGAAAAAGAAUUCCCUCUUUGUUACACGGAGUGACAGGAACACUGUUUUUUUUUUCACAUUGUUUAGGAUACUUGUCCCUGAGGUGAAAAUUCCCUUAGCACUGCAGUCAUAUGACUAGAUAGUUAAGUGAAGUCUCACUAUAGUCGUCAUCAUAGCCAUCAUGUGGUUCAGGCCACACAUUUUCCGCUGCCAAGACCUAUUAUGACUAUAGCCCCCAGUCCUAGCCCACAGAAAUCUGUUGGACAGAUUUACUGUGAAAUCCAUCCUCCUCUUCCUGUUGAAAGUAACACUUUAGAAAAGUUUGGUCAGGAAAGCAUGGCCACAUUAUGUGAUUUAAGGUUAGAUACACGUUUGUGGAGAGGAAGAGGAAAGUACAAUUUGUUGUUAUCCAGCUCACGGCCCUGUCAUUGAAAUUAUUUCAGAUUUUUGGCUUUUCUAAAUUUGCAUGCGCUGAGCUAUUCUUUACCGUCUCAAUGUCUCUUUACGGUCUCUCUGUCUCUGUCUCCCGGUUGGUUUUCGAUGUGACGGUCCCUGUAAAUCUGUCCUGUCCUCCCUAACCUGUGCUGCCGACACCGCUAUUUUAAAUGUUGUUCGCGAAACAUUAGGGAUUAAAAUCACAGCUCUGCUCGCCUCCCGAGCCACUUUGUUCCACUCAAAGCUGAUUUGUUCCCCAACAAACCCACCCGCUAGACGAUUACACACUUGCACACAUACGUACACGCACACGCACGUGCACGCAGCAGCAGCAGCAGCAGCAGCAGCCCCACCAACAGCAGCAGGACAGUGCUGGCUGGCCGUCAUUUCAGAUGGGAGUGAAUGAGUAUCUGCGUGUUCUUCUCUAAUCCCUGUUCAUUGCUGCAGUGUGUCCUGUUGCCCUUCCCCCUCUCUGUGUGUGUUUCAGAGUCAGUGUGGCUCAGUUCCCUGAGAAUUAACGCCAGCUGCAAGAAGUUUAGCGCACAGCAUGCAAAGUAUGAAAACUGUCUAAGUUGUGCUUUUGUUUAAGAUGUAUUAAACCCUUUCAUGACGGUGUUAUGUUUUGUUUGAAUUGUUUACUCAUGCUUUAAUUCCACUGCUCCUGAAUGCACCUUGCUGCCAUUGAAAUGUAUAAAGGCGGGUAAUUGCUCACUUUGUUUCUUAUGGUGCUUUGGCAAACCUGCCAGCUGAUGAAACCAAUAAACCACUCUGGAUUUA